AUGGCGACAGAAUCCACAGGAUCGCACAAGGACCCAGUGACGGGCGAGAUGAUCUCCAAGCAGGAGCUCAAGCGACGUGAAAAACAGAGGGAGAAGGAGGCAAAGAAGGCAGAAAAAGCUGCUGCGCAGCCCCAGAAGCCUGCUGCAGGCCCGAAGGCUGCUGCAGUCAAUGAAGCCGAUCUCAACCCUAACCAAUAUUUCGAGAUGCGUUCUCGGCAUGUCCAGAAGCUCAAGGAGACCCAGAGUCCAAAUCCAUAUCCUCACAAGUUCAAUGUCUCGAUAUCCAUCUCGGAAUACAUAGAGAAAUACGGUCCCGAGGGUAAAAUCAAGCCCGGAGAGAAGUUGACCGGUGCUGUCGAGUGCCUCGCAGGACGCCUCCACAACAUGCGCGAAAACAGCAAGAAUUUGCGCUUCUACGACCUCCAUAGUGAGGGCAAGAAGGUGCAGAUUAUGGCGACCAAGCAAGACGCUAAAGACCCAGAAGGGUUUGCGACCCUUCACGACAACUUUCGUCGUGGCGAUAUCGUCGGUGUCAUUGGUACGCCUUCCAGGACCAAGCUGGGCGAACUCUCCAUCGUCCCCUCCGAAACAUUUCUCCUCGCUCCCAACCUGCACCAACUACCCUCCGGGCACUUCGGGCUGAAAGACCAGGAGACGCGGUACCGGAAGCGCUACCUCGACCUGAUCCUCUCUGAAGACACGCGGCGUAUUUUCAUCACGCGGAGCAAGAUCAUCAACUACGUGCGGCGGUUUUUCGACAACCUGGGCUUCCUCGAGGUCGAGACGCCGAUGACGAGCAUGAUCGCGGGUGGUGCGACGGCGAAGCCUUUCAUCACGCACCACAACGACCUCAACCUCGACCUGUACCUGCGCGUCGCUCCGGAGUUGUAUUUGAAGCAGCUCGUCGUCGGCGGGCUCGACCGCGUAUACGAGAUCGGACGCGUGUUCCGCAACGAGGGCAUCGACCUCACCCACAACCCCGAGUUCACGAUAUGCGAAUUUUAUAUGGCAUACGCGGACAUGUAUGAUCUCAUGGACCUCACCGAGAGCCUGCUCGAGGGCAUGGUACGCUACCUGACUGGCGGGAAGACGACACUCCAGUUCCAUCCAGAGGGCAAGGGGAGUUCCAAGGUAUACGAGCUCGAGUUCAAGCGGCCAUGGAAGAGAUACGACAUGAUAGAGACAUUGGAGGAGAAGCUCGGUGUCAAAUUUCCACCUGGCGAGACACUUCACACAGACGAGGCGAACAAAUUUCUACGGGAUGUGUGUCAAAAGCACAAUGUCGAUUGUAGUGAGCCUCGCACAAAUGCUCGUCUCCUGGACAAGCUCGUUGGCGAGUUCAUCGAACCGCUUUGCAUAUCUCCGACCUUCAUCGUGGGUCACCCACAAGUCAUGUCGCCGCUCGCCAAAUGGCACCGCUCGCGACCAGGUCUGUGCGAACGUUUCGAGGGCUUCAUGUGCGGGAAGGAGUUCUGCAACGCGUACACGGAGUUGAACGAUCCGUUUGAGCAGCGGUUGCGCUUCGAGGAGCAGGUGCGGCAGAAGGAGCAGGGCGACGAGGAAGCGCAGGGGAUUGACGAAACCUUCGUCGACGCGCUCGAGCACGGUCUUCCGCCAACAGGCGGCUGGGGUCUUGGCAUCGAUCGCCUCGUGAUGUUCCUGACGAAUUCGACGAACAUCAAGGAAGUGUUACUCUUCCCUGCUAUGAAGCCGAUCGAGACUGCCACGAAUACCACCGGGUCGGUGGGCCCAGAGACAUAUUUGAUUGUGUAG